AUGGUGCUAGACUCAAAUGAGCAGAAGGCUCUUGCAGACUUAAAGAGAAAGAGGGGUGUAGUAAAGGCGUCAUUAACACGGAUAGCUAAGUUCGUUGACAGUUAUGAUCCAACUGAGCAGUCAAUUUUGUUGUUGGAUUUUAGGCAAGAGGAACUCCCACUCAUUAAUCGAAAAUUUGACACUAUACAGAGUGAGAUUGAAUUGCUGGCUGUUGAUGAAGCGGAGGCUGCAGAAGCUGAGAUAGAUAAAUUUGAGACUAGUUAUUAUGAGCUAAGAGCUAAAAUUCAAGAAUUAGCCAACGCAGAGAAACUGCAUAAUACGACUGGGCAAAACACCUCAUUUGGGAACACCUCCACAAGACAGCGCAUGCAGCUAGCACCUAUACCUUUACCUAAGUUUAAUGGGGAUAUACAAGGUUGGUCAUCGUUCUAUGAUGUAUAUCGUGCAGCGGUUCAUGACGAUGAUUGCUUUACUCCUGCACAGAAAUUGUAUUAUUUACGUUCAUGUUUGAGGGAGCAAGCGUUAGAUUUAGUCCAGUCUAUCCCAAUAAGUGACGGAAAUUAUGAGGUCGUAUUGUCAAGGCUUAAGCAAAGGUACGAUAAUAAGAGUCUGGUCAUUCAAUCACAUAUCCGGUCGAUCUUAGAGAUGCCGGCUGUUGAAGAGGCGUCAGCUAACGCAUUACAAAGGUUGCACUCGAACGUUUCCACACAUGUUGCGGCUCUGAGGACACUCGGGCAACCUGUGGAUCACUGGGAUGCAUGGUUAAUCACAAUAAUAACAAGUAGGUUAGACAAGGGUACCGGACAUAGUUGGCAACUUCAUUUGAGAAAUACUGAGUUACCAGCAUAUAAGGAUCUCGAAGCAUUUUUGGCCAGUCGAUGCGUAGCAAUGGAAAGCUCGGAGACUGUGUGUCCAAAAACAAGUUCUACUAAGCUUACCAAUAUUAACAAUGACAAGACGAUGUUCUCUAAAACACAUCAACCUACGAAGAAGGUGUUAAUUUCUACUAAUAAUAGGCCAGUCCGCCAGUGUCCAUGUUGUUCUGAAAGUCAUAGGUUGUUUGCGUGUGAGCAGUUCAAAGCUCUCCCAGUAACGGAACGCUUGGGUAUGGCAAGAGCAUCUCAGCUAUGCUUCAACUGUUUAGGUCCGUUUCACUCUGCUGAAAGCUGCAGAUCAACUUAUACGUGUCAAAGGUGCAAGCGGAAGCACAACACACUUCUUCAUUACGAGAAGCCAAAUACAGUUGGCCAAAUCAGCGUCCCAGAUCAAGCUAAAAGCAACAUUGCUACCACAUCAAGCCAAGAAUUAAGUCAUAAUGUAGCAUGUCCCGCACAAGGGGGAAAGGGUCAUGUGUUUCUUUCUACAGCGUCUGUCCUGGCAGAAGAUCAGUACGGUGAAUUCAAAAAAUGUCGUGUCAUAUUAGACAAUGGAUCACAGAUGAACUUUGUAUCCAAAAGCUUCGCUAAUUUAUUGCAGCUUCCACGCAAUAGAACAAUACUCCCUAUCAGUGGCAUUGGAGCAAAUCGAACACAGUCUGUCUCAAGGAUAGCAGUCAAGGUGAAAUCUCGAGUAAAGCAAUUUGAAGUUGAUUUGGUUUGUCACAUACUACCGAUAGUGAUAGAUGCCUUACCAAGUUGUUCAAAACCGAAAGGUGGAUGGGAGAUUCCAGAAGAACUAGUACCACAACUGGCCGACCCGUCGUUCGAUUCAACAGGAAGUGUUGACUUGCUCAUUGGUGGCGGUAUAUUUUAUGAUUUGAUUGAGCCAGCGAGGAUCAGGUCACAAAGGGGAGCUGUUUGCUUACAGGACUCGAAGUUUGGUUGGCUUGUUACAGGAGAGGUGGGCACUAUCUCACUUUUGGCUACAUGUUCAAUUGGUGAGGCCUGCGAGGACAAUCUCAGGAUACUAAGCAAUUAUGAAUCUGAAGUGUAUGGAGUUACAUCAAAACCAAAUAAGAAAUGUAUUGAAGAACAGAAAGCUCUCAAACAUUUUGAAGAGACUGCAAGGCGAGAUGAGACAGGAAGAUUCGUUCUGCGACUGCCAUUGAAGUCAGAUGCACGUACCGUCGGAAGAACCUUAGAAAUGGCAACAGCAAGAUUUCUCAGCGUUGAACGGAGGCUCCAGCGUGAACCAGAACUGCGGCUUCAAUACACUCAAUUUAUGGAAGAGUAUUUAAAAAUGGGGCACAUGAAAAUAGUGAGCAAGGAAGAGAGCCAGCCAAGUGCCGCAUUCUAUCUACCACAUCAUCCAGUGAUGAAGUUAUCAAGUCUCACAACUAAGUUACGGGUCGUAUUCGAUGCAUCAGCCAAAAGUACCUCAAACUUAUCCUUGAACGAUGUACUUUUGUGUGGUCCAACUGUUCAAGAUGAUUUAGUUACAAUACUGAUGCGAUUCCGUAAACAUCAGGUUGUCAUAACAGCAGACGUGGAGAAGAUGUUCAGACAAAUAAGGGUAGCUGAAGAAGACCAAGACUGGCAAAGGAUAGUCUGGAGAUCGCCGCCAGAUAAAGCAUUAGAAUUGUAUCGACUUGCAACCGUAACUUAUGGCACAACUUCAGCUUCAUUUAUGGCAACUAAUUGUCUUGUCUCACUGUCCGAAGAAGCGAAACAGAAAUACCCAGAAGCGUCAAAAAUCAUACGCCAUGAUUUCUAUAUGGAUGAUUUGAUGACCGGUGCCAGCACAGUUGAUGAGUGCUGCCAGUUACAGAAGCAAAUCGACUCAAUUCUAGAAUCAGCACACCUUCCCUUGCGCAAAUGGUGUUCGAAUUCAACUGAGGUCUUAGAACGCAUUGGAGAUUCGAGCGACGACCCGUUAUUUGCACUACAGAUUGGUGAAGAUGAAAUAAUCAAGUCAUUGGGGCUUAGCUGGAAGCCAGCUUUGGACGCAUUUCAAUUCAUAGUAGAGCAGAAAGCAUUUAUGGCUAAGUCGACAAAAAGAACGCUAUUAUCUGAUCUAAAUAGAAUCUUUGACCCUCUAGGGUUCCUGGCGCCUGUACUGGUAAGAGGAAAAAUAUUCUUGCAGCAGCUUUGGCAGCUGAAAAUAGAAUGGGACCAACAGCUGCCAGAGGAAUUGUCAAAUAGAUGGUAUACGUUUUACCAAGAGUUUAAUGAUCUAAGUUAUCUACCUAUUCCGAGAAAGUGUAUACCGUACCAAUCUGUAGAAGUUGAAAUCCAUGGGUUUUGCGACGCAUCGGAAGAGGCCUAUGGAUCUGCAAUCUACGUACGAAGUAAGGAUUGUACGGGCUACUGGCACUCCCGAUUACUUUGUGCGAGGACACGCGUCGCGCCAUUAAAAGGCUCGACAAUACCAAGGCUUGAGCUGGGAGGAGCAUUAACACUCACUCAGUUAUCGAUAAAGGUGUCCGAGGCCUUAGAGAUGGAUGUUAAAAAAUUCUACUUAUGGACUGAUUCUAUGGUAGUACUUGGAUGGCUGAACUCACAAACUUGUAGAUUAAAAACAUUCGUGGCCAACCGGGUAGAAGAGAUUCUAGAAACUACGCAGCCAGAGCAAUGGAGGCAUGUCGCAACAAGCGAAAAUCCAGCUGAUAUUCUCUCUCGAGGAACAACGCCGAAUAAUCUUCAGAGCAUGAACCUAUGGUGGCAGGGACCACAUUGGUUAGCGUCAGAGUCAGAUGAAUUUAAGAAAUCAAUCAUUACAAACCAGAACCAGGACCUGCCGGAGCAGCGCAAGAUUAAGCUAGCAUUGUUGGCAGUGAAUCCGCUAGGCAACCUUUUCCAGCACUAUUCCAAUUGGCGGAAUCUGCUAUGUGCAGUGGCAUGGAUUUCGAGGUUCCUAAGAUAUUUAAAGGCGAAAAAGAACUUGGAUGUGCCCAAAUAUCUAACCGUAUCUGAGCUUAAAUCAGCAGAGAUAACAGUGCUAAAGCAUGUACAGAAGGAGGUGUUUGCAAGAGAGAUGUUGGAACUGAAAAAGGGUAAUGAUGUAGGAAGAAAAAGCAAGCUAAAGGGACUCUCACCAUAUUUAGAAGACGGCCUAAUCUUAGUUGGUGAACGAUUAGGAUACGCCCAAAUCCCUGAGCGCCAAAAGCACCCAAUAGUUUUGCCUAAUGGUCAUAGAGUAUCGAAGCUAAUUUUCGAGAGUAAACAUCGGGAACUUCUACAUUGUGGGCCACAGUCACUGCUGGCUGACAUCAGACGUGUAUACUGGCCAAUUAAGGGACGGAUUACAGCACGAUCAGUCAUAUCAAAGUGUGUAAGAUGUGCUAGGGCAAAGCCACAAUUUGCACAGCCGCUAAUGGGACAACUGCCACGGCAAAGAGUAAAUGUCUCACCACCGUUCGCCGUAACAGGUGUUGACUUUGCAGGACCAUUAAUUGUCCGAAGUGGAGUACGUCGAAUUGUCGGAACAAAGGCCUGGAUAUCACUAUUUGUCUGUUUCUCAACUAGAGCUAUUCAUCUAGAGGUAGUAGAGAAUCUAUCCAGUGGUGCUUUUGUAGCAGCACUAAGGCGUUUCAUGGCACAAAGAGGACGUUGUGUGAAAAUAUAUAGUGAUAAUGGGACUAACUUCGUGGGCGCCCAGAAGGAGCUCAACAUUCCAAUUCAUCAAAGUAUACCUGUAAUAGCCAAGGAAGGUGUUGAAUGGCACUUCAACCCGCCCUCUGCCCCACAUUUUGGCGGCUUAUGGGAAAGUGCGGUCAAAAGUGCUAAACACCAUUUAACUCGUAUGCUUGGUGAAGCCAAGCUCACCAUAGGCGAGCUUAAUACUUUACUGUGCCAGAUCGAGGCAUGUUUAAACUCGCGACCGAUCACACCGAUGGGUCAUGAUCCUUCAGAGCCAGAAGCACUGACCCCAGCUCACUUCUUAAUUGGAAGGCCCAUCACGUUAAUGCCUGAAGUAGACCUGACACAAGAAAAUCCAGGAGGCAUGCGCAGGUGGAAAUACGUACAACACUUAAGUCAAACAUUUUGGAAAAGAUGGCAUGCAGAAUAUUUACCACAAAUGCAAGUUCGAGGGAAAUGGAUAACAAAAAAGGGGCCACUGAAGAUUGAUGAUAUUGUUAUAAUAAAGGAAGAUCAUGUACCACCUACCAAAUGGAAGCUCGGCAGAGUCAUUAAGGUCCAUCCAGGAGUAGAUGGAGAAAUCCGAGUGGUUACAGUACGAAUUGGUUCAGGAACAGAAAUGAAAAGGCCAACGGUAAAACUAUGCCGACUCCCAACAGACAAAGACAUAAAUGUAGAUGAAAACGAAGAGUUAGUUGAAAAAUAA